CACUCUGCCGUAAAUGAGGAUGUUGAGGACACGAUACGACGACGACGAAUAAAAUAGCUUAUAAAGCAGCUCAAAAGGCAGUCGGUCGUUGAUAUGACGCUGGGAUGUGAUACUUCGGUGAAACAGCAGCUCCAGAGGAAAUGUAAGAGACAUAUAGGUUACAGUUACCGGUGACUAAUGGCGACAAUGUUCCAGUCAUGGUCCGUUUUCCUCGCUCUUACUCUGCUGGCUGUGCAACUCGGCAAUGGUGAGAAAUCCUGUGUCAUCUGGUCCAGUGCUGGACCUGUGGUGCAGCGAGGUUCCACUUUCACGGUGUACUGCACCUUCAACUGCAGGUGCAAGGGUUCCAUGUACAGCGACCACCCUCCCAAACUACAGAAACACAGAGAAAUUAACUCUACAACUAUAGAUUUGAAUGUGGUGAACAUAACCAUGAACAGGACGUACAGCUGUGAGUGUGACUGUCAUCCUGCACAAGACCCCUGUGGACUGGACAUCUCAGCUGGAUACCCACCAGAUCGCCCUCGAAACAUUUCGUGCAUCUACAAAAUCAGAAAGAAUGAUAGCGGAGAUGUGGUCUGCACAUGGGACAAAGGACAGGACACUUAUCUCUGGAAUACUUCGGUGCUACUGCUGAGAGCUGUGUCUGGAAACCACACCAAGUUGUACAAAGAGUACAGUAAGGGACCUGGGUUGCUGUCAUCUAGUUUGACUUUGUCCAGAUCUGUCCAACUUAUCUCAGUGUGGGUUCAAGUCCGAAAUCCACUGGGCUCUGUGGAGUCCUCCAUCACCAACUACACUCUCAGCAACAUUGCGAUGCCUCCAGCUCCUGUUCUUGGCCAGGUCAAGUGCUCUUCCCGGGUGUGCGUUGUCCACGUGGAGCAGUCGGUGAAGACUCAGCACCUGGAGAUCCAAUACAGAGCUGAACAUCAGACUUGGACCACUUAUGCAGAUGCACAUGUGCAAAUGAAUUCAUCCCAGGCUUGGCCCAUCUCCACCCUGGAGCCCUACAAGUUGUACCAUUUCAGAGCCAGGUCCAAAUUCAGUGUUGGCCUGUGGAGUGAGUGGAGCACAAACAUUUCCAGUUGGACUGAAGAGGAGGCUCCGGCCAAAGAGCUGGACGUGUGGUUCGCUGAGUCUACGUCCGACUUUAAAUCCAUGAGAGUUUACUGGAAGGAGGCGGGCAUUUCGAUCUCUAGAGGGAGGAUCAUAGAGUAUAAAAUCAACGUCUCCGGUCCAAACCUGAACAUCACCACCAACACUAGUGCUGAUGUCAGGAGUUAUACAGUCCCCGUCCACUUCUCUGGCAGCUGUGACGUGACAGUGUGGGCCCGCAACUCCAAAGGCCUUUCCCCUCCUGCCAGGAUAACAACCCGUCGCACAAAAGUACAUGACAAGCUUCUGUAUCUGUCAGCCGAACCCCCACAGGAUGUGCAAGCAGCGUCAGGCAACCACAGUAUCACCAUCUCCUGGAGAAAACCUGAAACUGCACCGCUGCCCGCUGAGUAUGUGCUGGAGUGGUACCCAGAGGGACGCAAACUGGACGAGCUCAGAUGGGUCCGACUGGGCAAGAACGAAAGCCACGCUGUCAUUUCAGGCAUAAGGCCGUUUGAGUGCUAUGAGGGAGCGGUCUAUGUGCUCUAUAACGAGAGCUCGGUCAGUCACACCACAUUUAAAGGUGUCUCCACACUGGAGUCAGUUCCAGAAGUCGGUCCGCUGGUUGAAGAGGAGGUGGACAGAAACAAAGUGAGAAUUACCUGGAGAGAGGUCCCUAGAGGUCAACGCAUGGGCUGCAUCACACAUUAUACCAUCUAUCUAGAGAACGGCAGUGGACAACCGACGCUUUACUCUGUACCUGCAACGGAGAGGAUGCAUGUGAUCAACGACCUGCCUCCAGCUGUCUACAGUGUGUGGAUGAGUGCCUCCACUGCCCGAGGAGAGGGCCGAGCUGGGCAGAAGGUCAAAUUCUUCAUCAAGCAGGAGACUCAACUAUUCCUCCUGCUGGUGUGUAUAUUCGUCUUCCUGGUUGCGCUCUUCCUCGUGUGUUUGUGCCAGAGCUCGGCGGUAAAGCAGAGGUUCUGGGAGUUAUUCCAGUGCCUGAUGCUCGAUGUUGUGCCAGAUCCUGCAAACAGCAAGUGGGCAAGAGAGUGUACCCAAGAGAAGGGUAAGAUGGACUUGCAGCUCCAGCUGAGUAACUCCACCGUAACCGAGGAGGAAGAAGAGCCCAUUCUGGUGGACGUGGAGGAGCUGCCCAAGCAGGACACCUGCACGCCCACAAACGCCUCCUCCCCGCAGCUCCCUCCUCCUCAGACCAGCUUGAGCCCUGAGACGACCACACUGCUGUACCCCGUGACCACCUACAUCAAGAGCUUCUCCCACGACUCGGACAGCUCCGACCACACGCAGACCUCCCUGGACACCAACACGACGGUCGACUACAUCUCAUCGCACGGCCUGGAAAACACGGACGUGGAGGAUCAGGAGGAGGAGGAGGACGAGUUCACAGACAGCCACUUCUUACCCACUCACGGCAUCUUCAUGGAGCCGCUGCAGUUUGGAGGGAAGCUGACCCUGGACACAGUCAAAAUCGACUGCAGUGACUUCUUUCAGAACGGGUAGCGUAACUCUGAAAUCAGAACUCUACAGCGAGAUGCGAACUAUAUUUUAGUGUAACGCUACCAAACAUAAGAGACCAGCGUCAGUGACCUGAGCUCUGGAUUCUGUUUCAGUGAGUUUAUUUUGUUUGUUUAUUUUGGGAUCAAGCGCCAAGCUGAGAUGUGCAUGACCUACCUCGUUGCUCACUGAAACCAAAACUGCUGAAAUGUGAGGUUCAGUUAUGCAGUAAUAUAUUUUUCAUUUCAUGCAUUACAAUAGUUUUCUCUUCAAAACGGCCACGGACACACUAACAGAAAGACUAAAAAGAACACAGACUGCAUGAUAAUUAUUGUUAUUUCUAAACUGAGGCCUCUUCUUGAUCCCUGAAAGGUGUCUCUCACAGCCUGGCAUUAUGAUUCAUCAUGGCAGGAAGGGCUCAGGUGUCAGUACCUAGCACCAACACGGAAGAGAUCCAUCACUCUAUUAUUUAAAUCUGUACUUUACCUCCUGCGGCUCAAUCUGAAAAAUGCUCUGUCUUGUGUAAAAGGCCAAUCACAAAUGCAUACUCUGUUACAGCCUCGAUUAUCCUGUGCUUUUUAAACCGUAUAUUCUACCUCAGUCAUAGCGCGUCUUUAAAAAAAAAAAAGGGACGACGACAAUGUGACCAAAUUGGACUCGCUGGCAUGAUUUACUUAGACGUCAGGCACGUUUACUACAGUCGACCAAUCACACAGUAAGAUGCUGUAGGAGCUUCACUAAACAUUCACAUCAAAACAUCAGAAAAGAGUAACGAGGUGUACUUCUGAAACUGAUCUUGGAGCCUCAGUUUAUUACAAACUAUAUAAAAAUUAAGCAAGAAUCAUGUCUUUGCAUGGAAACGCCUUGUUGACAAAAGGAAGUGACCAGACUGGUUUGGGCUGGAAGUUAAUCUCUCAUUACAAGUGUGGCGAGCUGAUAAGCAUCUCAGAGGCGAACUGGCUGCAGCCACAGAAGAAGGCAACUUUCACUCCAGGUAUGUGAGGCCGCAGUGAAGACGGGCCCGACAAAACCUGACAGCGGAUUACCGGAGAACGCACGAUUGGUUCAACAAACCUGCAUUUCAGAGGCUGCAGGUGGAAGGUCGGAGGUUUGUAUUAACAGAGUGAAUUCAUGUCGCUGCCCUCUGUCAACAGUCAAGGCUGCUGGUGGUGACUCAAGGAACGUUGAAUGCCACACACUGGACAUGUCCGCAAGUUCACUGCAGUGGCCUCCGCAGCUACCAGAUCUGAAUCCAAUUGAACUCCUUCUGUGGGGUGUGGUACAAUCGUCUGCCUGGCUGUUCACAAACCUACAGCAACGUUAUGACAGAGUCCUGUCAACAGGAAACAGAUGCUCCCAUCAUCUUGUGAACUCUAUGACACCAUAAACUGAAGCUGUAUUUAGAAACAGGUCCUACAGAGCAUCGGUUUGUGCUGACACAGCACUUUCACCGUUGAUAGUUGGUAUUCUCCAUGAUACAAUUGGAACACACAAAACAAACAAAACACAGCCAAGGCUGGAGGACAUUUUAUAAUAUCUAGAUUAGCACCAGUGCUCUGUGUGCGAAUCUCAUCAGUUCACAUGUUUAAUUGAUAGUAAUAUGAACAUCAUUAGGUUAGAGAAAGCCUGGGAUCACUAGAGAUACUGAGGGGAACGAUGAACACCUCAAAUAGUUGUAAUACUGUCUACACUCAACUGAGCACUGACAUAUCACCAUUUCAUCAUGACUUUCUUUUGAAUUUAUGGUGUUCAUUUUUAUUUUGCUUCAUCUUAACAUGGGAUUCAUUGUUGAUAUUUUCCAGCUUUGUUGUCAUUUCAAAUAAAUUAUUUUAUGAUCUGCACUUGAAGCAUUCAUUUUAUUUCUGUCCUAAGACUGAGGCAGCAGGAUUCAACUGUUAACACAAAGUUUAUUUAACAAACGCCGCAGGAGGGAGGUCAUCAUUUCACAUACUGUCAAGGUUUUCCAGUCGACAAUGCUGCAUGGACACUCACCUUAAAGACCACAGGGAAACUCACAUCAGAGUCCAAGUGUGAGGACAUGUGCUUGCAGGGCAAAAAAAUGUGACAAUGCAAAAAAUUUAUCGACCAUCUUUAUUUACCGACAGAGGUCUCCAAUAGCAGGGCUAGAAUUCACACAUCUGUAGAGCACUUCAGUUGUUCCACACAAUGGACAACUGUAUUUCUUUCAGAGCAAUUAUGCAGUGGUGCCACUGUGGAAGCUACAGGGCAAGUCAACAGAGGAGGAAAAUAUCAGCACAGGACAGACUGCAGAAACAAACUGAAGCUGGGCCGAGUUUACAUCUGUGGAAGGAUGCGCAAGUGGAGUGUGUAAACAGUCGGGAGAGGGACCUAGGGCUUCCAGACGUCUACAGCCACAUCUCAGCUGUGUAAAAAAAAAACACCUCCUCUCCUUAUCACUCUAAAAUAAGAACAAAGGCAUUCAUUGACUUGCACAUGGCUAGAGAUCAAAGAUGAAAUGGGUGGAGGAUGAUACAUUAGAUGGUGAAUAGCACCCCAAAUACAAAUAGAUCAGAACACGUGGAAUAAUUUUCAGCGUCUAAUUAAUCCGCUUGACAAAUGUCUGCGGAUUAACGCAAGUUUAGGAGGGAAGUCGCCUCCAAAAUGACCUAAUGUUGCUCAAGUAGCACAUUUCAGCACAAAAGAACCUUUAAUUUGAAUUUAGGUACCAUUUCAUCAAUGCAUUCAAAUGUAGGCAGCAUCUCUUGAUCGAAAAUCAAGGUAUGUCCUAUUUGCACCAUGUGAAAUACAGUCUCUGAAAGAAUUAUGAAAAUAGUUAAGAUUUACAGGCCGAAGAUCAUACAAGAAUAGACCUCCUGUAUAAAAUAUAAAACAAUACCUCAGUGCUAAAGAAAAAAAAAAUCCAUAAAUCUCAAUGAGUGAAGCUGAAACUUCAAUAGAAAUACCUGGUGCGGCAGAGGUUAUGAGCUUGAGUUGGAGCUCCACAGUGCCUAUUUUAAAGCGAGCAAAGCAAUGGCACACACCACGCUUCAGAUACUCUUAUGCUUACAUUUCAAAAUGCAUAUUUUCAAGCAGCAAUUACAAAAAUGUAUCAAUGGACAAUGCAUAACCUCUGAAAAAAAUACUGUAUGAAAACAUCCCUGCUACUUUGUUUCCAAGUACAAAACCUCUACCAAUAAGUUGCUCCAGAGUAGCAAGAAGUCCUUUUCUUUUUUUUUGUUUUUUUUUUUGUGUUUUAAUUUCUGUUUUUUUUU